CGCGCGGCAGCCUCGGUGUCCGGAUCGCGAGCGAUGGCUCCCUCGGCAGCCUCAGUAGUUUUGUUCAAUUUACACGAGGCCGCCUCGCGAGGCAGGCUGAGCCAUCAUAAGUCCGAGAGUAUUCGUAAUGGACAGUCGUGUAUUUUCAGCUGCAGCUAUUUUCCUAGCUGCUUAUUGUUUAAAGAAACGAAAACAGUCACGUAUCAAGAAAAAACCUAGACGCUUCUGGAUUAGAAAAAUUUAUGAGCUUCGCCACCAAUAUGGAAAUAGAUUACUUGGAGAUUUAGUAUAUGAUCAGACUGUACAUAAUUUUACACGAAUGUCCGUACGAGAGUUCGAAAAUUUGUGCUCAUUGUUGUCUGAUAAAAUCAAAAAGUGCGAUACAAAAUACAGAGAAGCAAUCACUGUGAAGGAACGAGUUUUAAUAACUUUAAGAUUUUUAGCAACCGGAGAUUCUUAUAGCAGCUUGCAAUAUUUAUUUCGAGUAUCGAAGCAGAGUAUCUCAAGAAUAGUUCCAGAAGUUUGUGACGCUAUUAUUGAAGCCUUAAGUGAUUAUGUAAAGAUCCCAUCUACAGAAGAAGAGUGGCUUGCUAUAUCAAAUGAAUUUGAAAAUAAAUGGAAUUUUCCCCACGCUAUUGGAGCGAUGGAUGGAAAACAUGUUAUGUUGCAGGCACCGAUUAACAGUGGCACUGAUUAUGAUAAUUACAAACAAUUUCCAAGCAUCGUGCUUUUUGGAUUAGUUGAUGCUAGCUACAAUUUUUUGUAUGUAAAUGUUGGUAGCAAAGGGCGAAUCUCUGAUGGUGGUGUUUUUAAAAACACAACGUUGUAUAAAAAGCUAGAAAAGAAAGAAUUGAACGUGCCUAAAGAGAAGAUAUUGGAAAUACCAUAUGUAACAAAAGUUCCUUAUUUUAUUUUAUCUGAUAAAGCCUUUGCACUCAACGAAUAUACCAUGAAACCAUUUGAGGGCAACCCAGAAAAUGGUUCUAAAGAAAGAAUAUUUAAUUAUCGCCUUAGCCGAGCUCGGCGUGUCGUUGAGAAUGCAUUUGGAAUAUUAAGUGCCAUAUUUCGCGUUUUUAGAAAACCUAUCUUACUAGAGCCAAAUAAAGCAACAAAGGUAGUCUUAGCAGCUGUAUAUUUGUACAACUACAUCCGAAAAAAUACUUCAACUAAUCUUAUUUCACCGGAAUUGUUUGACAGAGAACUUGAUGGCGCAAUGAUUCCUGGCCAAUGGAGAAAUGAAAUAAAUGAAGUUACAUUCGCACCAAUUGCAGCGUGUCCAAGGCGUAGUUCUAAUAACGCAAAAGAAAUACGGUUGCACUUGGCAGAACAUUUUAUAACUAAUGGUUCUAUACCAUUUCAAAAUCAUUAUGCAUAGUUAAAAAUUCUUACAGUCGGCAUCGUUUCCCGAGUGUCACCAGUUUCAUUUUUAUCCUUAAGAAAAUGGAAAUAAGGAUAUCCAAACCACUUUGAAUUAUAAACAUCUGCAGCGCCUGAAACAGAACAAAAAUAAAAUUUAUAUUUCCAAAA